AUGAAGCAAAUUCCAUGUUCUGACAGCGAGAUGUUGGCACAAGAGCUGGCGAUUGAAGGCUCGAGAGUAUUCAACAACCCAGAGAUGUAUAGGAAGUGUUAUCGCUCGGCAAUUGAUGUCCGAGUACUACAACGUGUGGACGCGUAUACUACUAUUCUCAUGCGUAAUUCCCCGGAUGCGAGUCGCUCGCGUCGUAUCCGCCAUCUCAAUAUAUCAUCAAAGGUGGCAGAUGACGAUGAAAAUGGCCAUAAGUCGCUGUCGAUUCUAAUGCUUGUCGUCCCGCCUCCCGAAGAUAUCGCGAAUUCUAAUAGAAAUGGCGUAAUUUAUCUACGUGACGCGUAUACUUACAUGCGCUUCGACAUGUUCGACGACCACGUACAGUUCUCGUAUGGUGGACAUAGAGAUUGCAUGGACGAGGCUCAAGCCAGAUAUCUCUUUGCUGAAACGGGUAACGUGCUCUUCCGCUUCGAGCAAAUGAUCCGGAGAGCAAACCUCGUCACAUUAGGAUAA